CCACACAUCUCAAAGGCUUGGAAUCCCUCCAUCCCCGGUCCCGAACCUCCUCCGCGACCGGAGGCACCGCAUCUCGCUCCCUCCUGAAAUCCCGACAUGGGAAGCAAGAAGAAAUCGAAGCCGUGCAGGAGCAAGAAGAAGGCCAAGACCAGCGCCGACCAGGCCCAGGCCCUAGACUACGUCCGCGCCUGGGCGCACCUCGCGCCCCCGGAACCCUCGGCGGCCGAUGCUGACACUGACGACUUCCUGCCGGCUCAGGCUGCGCGCGGCGGCGGUGGCGGCGACGUGCUGUUUGAGCUUCACUCCCACUCAAACCACAGCGACGGCUUCCUCUCCCCCACCGCGCUCGUCGAGCGCGCCCACCGCAACGGGGUGAAAGCUCUUGCCCUAACAGAUCACGACACUAUGGCUGGCAUACCAGAAGCUGUUUCAGCAGCUUCCAAGUUCGGCAUUAGAAUAAUUCCUGGAGUUGAAAUCAGUGCGCUGUAUAAUCCAAGGGAAGUUGCCGGUGCUGGUGAGCCUGUUCAUAUCCUUGCAUACUAUGGUACAUGCGGUCCAUCAAGAUAUGAUGAGUUGUACAGCAUGCUAUUGAACAUCAGAGAUGGGAGAUACUUACGUGCAAAGAAUAUGCUGGCAAAGCUAAAUAGACUCAAGGUGCCGAUAAAGUGGGAGCAUAUAACUAAAAUUGCUGGUGAGGGAGUGGCACCUGGUCGAUUGCAUGUAGCAAGGGCUAUGGUUGAAGCAGGUUAUGUAGAGAAUGUAAGGCAAGCGUUCAACAAGUAUCUUGGUGAUGAUGGCCCUGCAUAUGCCAGAGGAAGUGAACCAUUUGCUGAGACUGUUGUGCAGUUAAUUAGUCGUACUGGGGGUAUAUCUGCACUUGCUCAUCCUUGGUCAUUGAAGAACCCGGAUGCAGUAAUCAGGUCUUUAAAAGGUUCUGGCCUUAAUGGUAUGGAGGUCUACAGAAGUGAUGGAAAGGUUGAUGGCUUUAGUGAAUUAGCCGAGAAGUAUGGACUUCUGAAACUUGGAGGUUCAGAUUUCCACGGAAGAGGCGGGAAAGAUGAAUCUGACAUUGGCACUGUCAAGCUUGCUAUUACAACUUUGUGCUGUUUCUUGAAGAUGGCUAGGCCUAUCUGGUCGACUGCUAUGAAGGACAUCCUACUUAAAUUUGCAGAGGAGCCAUCUUCUGCAAAUCUAGGAAACAUUAUUAAGUUUGGACAACUUACCAAUGCUGAUGCUUUUUCUCCAAUAAACACUGGUAUUGAUGUUGUUGAUUUCUGCUUAUCUUCAUGGUCAAGCAAUGAUGACAUGGAAGAUGUUGAACUGGAGGAGGUAAGACUGAAGCUGGCCCAUUAUGCAGCAGAAAGAUGACAUCAACUACAAAGCCAUCUUGAGCAAUGUUCUCCCCCUUGUUGCAACUCAAUAUCUGUGUUUCGCCUUUUCCUUUGCAGCCGAUUCGAACUAAUAUGUUUCUUCACUAGUUGAUGACCUUGUUGAAAGUAGGUAUGCUGAAUCUGGUGGUCUUUGACAUUUUAAUCAAGAAUGUAUAUUUCUCUAUGAUAAUUUAAGCAUGCAACAUUAAAAUGAUGUGCGUAGAAUCAGAGCAUAUCAUCGCAUCAGUAAACUGUUCCUUAAAUGAGUCGGUCAUCAUCUGUCCAUAAGCAUAGGAAUGAAUUGCGAAUCUCUUUUCUCC